GCUCUCAGUCCAGUUGUGUUAAGGCAGGCGAUACCAGCACGAAUUGCCCGACUAGAAGAGAAUACAGGGCGCGAUAGGAACCGGAAAAUCCAUAACUUUCCCCGCAAACAUCGCCGGUAGAAGGAGCCGGAGUUUUCCGGCCGGCAAGCGCAGGCCCCAUUUCCCAUUAUGGAUUUUCCGGGCCGAGAUGCGGCCCUCCGAUGGACGCCAGUCGUGAUAAUGCCCGCACCAGUCGCCCCUUUUCUCCGGUAAUGAAGCAUCUUUAAGAUGCCGCCCCGGUUGACGCCACGCAAGUUCUUCCUCGCCUUCCUGAUCAUCAUCAGUGUGACGUUGCUGGUGGGCAGCCGGUUGAACUUCUCGUAUUUCUCCAGAAGUCCGCAGAGCGCCGCCCUGGAACAUGAGCAGGAGACGCAAACUCCCAAAGUGCAGGAGCGUAGGGAAGAGAUAAAGGAGGUGCUGGAACGGGAGCGGGAGGAUGAGGGGGAGGAGAAAGGGGAACCACCUGAGAAGCCCUUCUUUCUGAGAGGAGGCACACGGUACCCCUCCAAGAGCAAAGGACCAGUCCGUCUCUUUCCUGAGCAAGCUGAUGGCGACCGAGUGGUGGAUCAGCUCAUGUAUGUUCCUGAGGACUACGAAGGUGAGCACUUUUUCUAUUUUGAAAGAGAAGUCCGUUCCAGCUGUAUGGAAUUGCAACUUCUCUUUUAAAAAUUCGUAACUUCCGAUUCAGAGCAUGUGGCCAGCUGAAACUCGCCCACCCUAUAGAAGAC